GUGUUGGGCGCUGCACGGUCUUGCACGGUGCACCACUGCAACGCAACCCCAUCGCAGCACUUCAAGACGCCUUCAAUUAUUUGGAAGACUCUUCGUCUAUCCGAAAACCCGAACUUCUUAGCCGCAUCAGGUCAACAAUUCACGAGCCUGAUAGCCAUAUCAUUUCUGCAAGAUGAAGGGCUUCACCAAAGCAAUCAAGCGGACACCCCACCUUGUCACAUCUAAAGUCGGCUUCUCGAAGAAGUCUUCUGAUCCCGAAUUUGACGACUACAAUCGUCAUUUUAUCAGCCUCGAGCAGGCCACAGAAAAGUUGCUCAAAGAUACCAAAGCAUUCUCCGACUCCGUUAUAUCACUCUUCACUUCUUCUGCGGGAUUCGCCAACCAUUUCAAUUUUAUAUUCUCUCCCUUGAAUGCCGAGUAUAACUUGCAGGGCAAGCAUCCCUCCUGCGAGGCAACCAUCGCAAACACUCCUCCGUACUCAACUGCUCUCGACGAACUUCGUUCUGCGAUCUCUCCUGAACUAGAGCUCAUCGAUUCAAGAAUCUCUGCGCCCGUGAAAGAGUUUCAGGGUGUCCUCAAGUUGAUCAGGAAGAGCAUCACCAAACGCGAUCAUAAGCUGGUCGAUUAUGAUCGGUUCAAUAACUCACUUACUAAACUGAGGGACAAGAAAGAGAAGAGUUUGAGUGAUGAAAAGAAUUUGUUCAAGCUUGAGCAAGACUUUGAGAUUGCCACAAAUGAGUAUGAUUACAUCAACAACGCGCUCAAGACAGAUCUCCCGCGGUUCAUGCAACUUGCAACUCAUUUCAUCGACCCUCUUUUUCAUUCAUUCUACUAUAUGCAGCUUAACGUUUAUUAUCUUUUCCUCGAGAAAAUGAAUUCGUUCGCGGAAGGUCGAUAUGACGUCACCAACGUCCCCGGCGCUCAAAUCCUGGCUGACUAUGAAGAGAAGCGAACGGACGCAUGGAGUACAAUUGAGGAUCUCAACAUCACCAAGCGCAUCAUAUCGACCUCGAAACUUGUACAAGCUAAUCGCGCGACUGGCGGCAAUACACUGACUGUUGGUUCCUCCAUCGGUCGUUCACCCAGCAUUACAAGUGCUGGCAGCGGGAGCAGCCGCUCAAUGCCUCCACCAUCUCGAGCAGCGACCACAUCUUCCUUUACCAAGAAGGCUCCUCCACCGCCGCCAGGCCAGACACCCGCACCUCCUCCCCCGUACUCUGCUGCUUCAAAUGAUGCCAUUACAAAGAGGGCGCCUCCGCCUCCACCACUAAAACCCAAACCAAAGCCAGAGCCAGCAGUAGAGUAUGUUACAGCAUUAUAUGACUUCGAUGCCCAGGCCGAUGGAGAUCUUUCUUUUAAAACCGGCGACCGCAUCGAAAUUGUGACCAAGACAGAGAGUCAGGAAGAUUGGUGGACAGGUCGUCUUGAUGGCGCCCAAGGUGUAUUCCCAGGCAACUACGUCCAGUGAUGUGGAGAUGGAUAUUUGACAGUUGAGUAUUAAUUGAGUAGUAGUUUACAUUUGGAGGACAUUACAUCUGCCUAUUGGACAACCAUAUUGUUGUACAGUCAUUGGGCGGCGUCGCAGAUUGCAUCAAACCCUCCUGUCUGCUUCACUGACAGUCUUCCUCUGUAGGCUGUUGCACCUUGCACAGGUCGUCUGCACUUCUGGCAGGCUCUUCUCCUUUGAGCAACUGCGUACCAGCCGAUCGUUGCCCCGAUUUCCAAGGAGGCAUUUCGUACCUGCUUGAUAGGCACGUCAUCAAGAACGUUCUCAAUAAACUCUACCGUUGCAUUUCCUGCGGAUCCAACAUGUCAUGCCACAUGCGGAAGGAACUUGAACCGUACAACUUUAUUGGCGAGAAUAGAGACUGCACAUGCCAACAUUUAAGAGCUGUGAAUGAGACC